AUGGAGGAGAGUGAAAAGGAAUUGAUGAAAAAAGCUAAAAGACCUGUUGAUUCCAGAUUGUGCAGAGUUUCUGGUUCGAUGACGGAGAUAAUGGAAAUUCAAGCUGAGAAUCCAACAUUUCAUGUAUUGUUUAUUCCGGGAAAUCCAGGUGUUGUGUCGUUUUACAAGGACUUUUUGGAAUCUUUAAACGAGUUUCUUGAUGGAAAUGCAUCUAUAAUCGCUAUGGGGCAAAUAUCUCACACGACCAAGGACUGGGAGUCUGGGAGGCUAUUUUCGAUGCAAGAACAAAUCGAUCAUAAGAUUGAUUUUAUCAAACAGGAGUUGGAGAGCGUGAAAGUUCCAAUAAUAUUGGUUGGGCAUUCUAUUGGGUCUUAUAUUUCCCUCGAAAUCUUGAGGAAGUGCUCGGAGAAGGUGGUAUAUUGUAUUGGCCUAUAUCCAUUUUUGACUCUGAACCAACAAUCGACAAAGCAAUCAUUAAUUGGGAAACUUGCAGCGUCUUCUGUUCUGUCAGCCACAGCAAGUUUUCUGAUUGCAUCACUGAGACUAUUACCUAUGUGGGCUGCACGGCGGCUUGUAUCCAACACCAUUGGAGCUUCGUGGUCUGAUACUGCUGUUGAAGCUACUUGCACUCACUUGAGGCAGUAUCACACCAUGCGCAAUGUUCUCUUUAUGGCAAUGACAGAGUUUAGAGAGCUCGCAACUGAGCCAGAUUGGGAUUUCAUGAGAGAAAACCAGAGCAAGCUUGCAUUUUUAUUUGGCAUUGAUGAUCAUUGGGGUCCUCUGCAACUCUUUGAAGAGAUUUCAAAACAGGCUCCGGGUACUUCUUUAUCUAUCGAGAGGGAAGGUCACACGCACGGAUUCUGCUGCACGGUGGCUGGCUCAGUGUGGGCUGCGCAGCACGUUGCCACUCUGAUCAAGAACCGGUUUUCGCAUCUCCAGUAA